AUGAAGGAAUUUGAAAAUUGUCUCGACAAGGAUUUUCACUUUGGCUACGCAACUGCCGCCGUUCAAAUCGAAGGUGCCUGGAACGUUGACGACAAAGGUCUGUCGAUUUGGGACAAAUUCUCUCAUUUACCCAAUAAAAUAAAGGACAACACCAAUGUAGACGAGACAGCAGAGGCAUACAAGUUCUACAAGGAGGAUGUUCAGCUGCUGAAAUCGUACGGCGCAAACGCAUACAGAUUCUCUAUAGCUUGGUCUCGAAUCAUUCCUCUCGGUGGCCGUAACGACCCGGUCAAUGCUAAAGGUAUCGAGUUUUACUCCAACCUCAUUGAUGAGUUGCUCGCAAACGGAAUCACCCCAUUUGUCACACUCUUCCACUGGGACACUCCUCAAGCAUUGGAGGAUCGAUACAACAGUUUUUUGAACAAGGAAGAGUUUGUAGCGGAUUUCUGCAAUUAUGCAAAGGUUUGCUAUGAAGCGUUUGGUGACAGAGUCAAGCAUUGGAUCACCUUCAACGAGCCGGAAGUUUAUUCAGCAUGCGCAUACUUGGCAGGCAUCUUUGCUCCAGGAAGAUGCUCAGACAGAUCUAAGAGUAGCGAAGGAAAUUCGUCCACGGAGCCAUUGAUCGUUAGCCACAAUAUGCUGAUUGCUCACGCCAACGCUGUGAAAAUUUACAGAACGGAAUUUCAACCCACCCAAAAUGGAACCAUAGGAAUCACGCUUUCGGGCAACUGGGCGGAGCCUUGGAACCCUAAUGACCCACGCGACGUCUCCGCGGCAGAAAGAAUGCUUGUGUUUGAUAUUGCCCGCUAUGCGGACCCGGUGUUCAAGAGUGGCGACUAUCCUCCGGAAGUCCGCCACCAGAUGGGAGAUAGAUUGCCGACCUUCACUCCAGAAGAAUCAGCUCUUGUGUUGGGAAGCUCUGAUUUCUAUGGCAUGAACACCUACACUGCCUUCUAUAUCAAACACAAAGACACACCAGCAGAUGACACUGACACCAAGGGUAAUGUCGUCUUUGAGGAAACCAACUGGGAAGGCAAACCUCGCGGCCCAAAGAGUGCUACAGACUGGCUGUGUACCACACCUUGGGCUUUCCGCAAACUUCUCAACUGGAUCUAUGCUAGGUACAAGUAUCCUAUUUACUUAACAGAACAGGGUACUACGGCUCCAGGAGAGACUGCACCUACUGAAGAUGUACUCAAUGAUACCUUCAGAAUCCAUUAUUACACAACUUAUGUCGAAUCUCUCGCUCGUGCUGUAAAGGAGGAUGGUGUUGUAGUCAAGUCUUAUUUGGCUUGGUCACUGCUUGACAACUGGGAAUGGGCGAAUGGUUUCACUGAUAGAUUCGGUGUUACCUUCGUAGAUUUUUCAUCGCCUGAGAAGACCCGGUAUCCCAAAAAGUCAGCCUAUGUUCUCAAGGAGUUAUUCCAAAAUUUGAUUAAGAAUGAAUGA